AUGGCGGGCAUUCCCACUUAUUCUAUGAUUGACAAUAGGCCGCACCCCCGGGCCUCCUCGGUCUAUUCCGGUAGACCGAAUUUUCUCAUGACACCCGGGGAUAUCGGAAUCUUGAAGUCCACUCUUUUGCCAUCGUGUGGCUUUUAUUUCAGCCUCUCCAUCGCUGCCUAUGGGAUCGCAAAGGUGACUGAUCAUGUUGAGAUCAAGGACUGGCUCUGGCCGUCCGGCCAAGUUCUCAAUGCAUGGUGGAACGCUAUCGGCAGACCCAUGUACGAAACGAACAUCUCUCUCCCGGAUGCUUGGAGAGGUCUCACUUGGACUGAGAAGCUUUUACUUGGAGGCGUGACACUUUGGGGGACCAGGCUGUUCGCGCGCAUUGUAAGUCGAUCUCUGGCCCGCGGGAGAGACGAUCCGCGGUAUGAUGCUUGCAAAAAAGAUCUGGAUUUCUGGAAACUGGCGCUCUUCAGAUUUUUUCUUCCAGAAGCUGCUUUUCUCAGCGUCAUCUCGCUGCCAGUAACGGUGCCAUUCUGUAUGGGCGACACUACUCUGUCGCUCGAGACGAAUUCACUAAGCGUCAUUCGCGCGCUUGGCGUCGGACUGUUCAGCUCUGGCUUUGCCCUGGAAUUAAUAGCUGAUGCUCAACUGGAGCUGCACCGUAAGGAACGCGAGGACCUAUGCCGCCAUGGGGUCUGGAGUUUGGUACGACAUCCAAACUAUCUUGGUGAUGCUCUUGUCCACCUGUCAUUCGUAAUACUCAACUUGACUGACUCUUUCAAUCCAAUUGUACUUUUGGGACCGUUGGCCAACUAUUGUUUCCUGCGUCUAGUGGGAGGAGAUAAACGUGGCGAAGAAACCCAGCAGAAACGGUAUGAGGCUAGUGAUCCUCAUAAAUAUGCGCAACUAAAGGAUUGGUGCGAGGAGAAAAACAGCUUUUGGCCAUCCCUGCGAGACUUGGCGAAUCCUUGGUCUUUGGCUGUCCUGGGAUGUGGCCUGAUUGGAGUCGUUCUGGAGGAAUUCGUUCGAACUACUUUCACUAUGCGGUAG